AUGCGGGUAAAAAAAAAUCAAAUAAAGAAAAUUGAGCCAGAAAAAUUCGUUUGUACAUCAUCAUCAUCAUCAUCUGGAGUAUCAGGAAAUAAAAAUAACACCUCAAAUAUUAAAGAAUUAUCAAAUAGAAAAAAAAGAGUAUUAGAUAUAUUUGCAUCAAAUGAUUCACAGGGAUUAAUAAUGAAUAUUGAAACUAAAUUACCAUCACAAAAAUUCCAAGCAAUAAAACGACAAUUUCCAGGACCAGCAGGAAUACUACCAGACAAACUUGAUGUAUCAACAAGAAAUUUAAAUUAUCUUUAUAUUCAUGAUGCAAAUGAGACAAAAAAUUUUACAACAUUAAAUGACAGUAGAUCUAAAGAUUUUUGUAUACAAGAUACAAAAGAAUUAUUUUCUCAUGGUGCUUGGCAAAUAAUGAUUAAUGAUUUACCAAAAAAUUUAUUACAAAAUCAUAAUAUUAUGUCAAUAAAAUUAUCUAAUGUUGAAAAAGUAUCAAUUCUUGCUUGUAUUAUAAAAAAAAUUGAUUAUAAUACAGAAUCUCCUCGUGUUAUAUUAAAAGACAUAAGUGAUACUAUUGAAGGACUCAUGAGUCGUGAAGUACCAAUUAAAUUUCCAAAUAUAUUACAACCUGGUGUUGUUAUUAUAUUAAAAGAUGCCAAUUGUUUUACAUUUAAAGGAAAAAAUUGGAGAAAAAAUAAGCUACUUAUGAUAACAACAAAAUCAUUAAUUGGCAUUUAUGGUAAAAAUUCAAGACUUGUUUCAACACCAAUUCUUGAUGAAAUAUUAAAA